GUAUAGGAGCAGGUGAAGACGCGCCAUCCACUCAAAAUCAAUAGAAACGGCAAGACAAUUGACUAUUAUGGUCAAAGGAAAAGGAGUCACAGAUGCGAGCACCACCGCUGCCACUGCCGUCGUGGAAGGUCCCGAUCUCAAUGCAUCUCGAUCACCCUUUGACAAGAAAAUUUAUCGCCAGAUUUUGUUACCCAACGGGUUGCGAGCGGUGCUGGUGAGCGAUGUUGUUGCUAUGACGCAAGCCUAUAAUCUUGGGGGGAUUCUAGAUGAUUUCAGUGACGACGACGACGACAGCGAUUGCAUGGACGUCGAUGAAGCCAAAUCCGAGGGAGGCGAGACCAGUGGCUCGUUGUCGGAAAGCUACGACGAGGGAGAAAAAGAAGAAGCCGGGGGCCUUCGCAACGCCGCAGCCGCCAUGGUCGUGGGGGUUGGAUCCUUAUACGAUCCGAAGGAAUGCCAAGGGAUGGCGCAUUUCUUGGAGCAUCUUUUGUUUAUGGGGAGCGAGAAAUAUCCCGAAGAAAAUUGCUACGAUGCAUACAUGAGCAAGCACGGUGGGAGUGACAACGCGUACACCGAAAACGAACAUACCGUCUUUCACUUUGAAAUCCCACAGGAGCAGCUCAGUGGCGCCCUAGACCUCUUUGCCCAGUUCUUCGUGUCACCUCUUUUGAACGAAUCGUGUGUCGAGCGAGAACUCAAGGCGAUCGAGUCGGAAUUCAUGCUCGCCAAGAACUCCGAUUCGUCUCGUUUGCAACAACUCAUGGCCUAUACCUGUGGACGAUCCUUCGAGGAACAUCCGGCUUCGAAAUUUGGAUGGGGAAAUUACCACAGCCUCAAGACUCUUCCUGAGAAGGAAGGCCACGACCCGUUGAAAAUGCUCCGGACCUUUUACGACGAGGUGAGUGCAUCGAUGUAAUUGUUUCAUUAUUUUGUGCGCGAAUCUGGUCGGUUGUGAUGCUGAUUCCCGUAUUUUCGUUUUGUUUUUCAUUCAUUGGAUAUUCGGACAAUGUGGUUUCGUUUGAACACUAGCAUCAUUAUGCGUCGAACAUGCGAUUGGCAGUUGUGGGAGGAUACCCACUCGAUUAUCUACAAGAGCAGGUAUUAAAGUUUUUUUCCGACAUCAAAUCGAAGGACCCUCUGGGAUCUUACACUUGGGAUCAGCAUUACGAAUCACCAAUGAAGUCCUACGGGCUACCUAUGACAGAGUCGGGAUUGAAAAAGAUUUUUUAUGUUGCUCCGGUCAGAGACAGGCAUUCGCUCUCUGUGACAUGGCAAAUCCCGCCUCAGAACGUAAACUGGAAGGCCAAGCCGUGCGAUUAUCUCGCCCAUCUCAUCGGUCACGAAGCAAAAGGAUCCCUGCUGGCGUUCCUCAAAUCAAAGUCGUGGGCUUCGGGACUGUGUGCCGGAGUUGGGGACGAGGGAACCGAAAAUUCCACGGCCUACGCAUUGUUCACGGUAACGAUUAAUCUGUCCGAAGAGGGGGUCGAGCACUGGAGAGAUGUCGUUACCGAGCUGUACCGGUAUGUUGGUAUGUUGCGGCACUACUGUAGGGAAGAAGGUGGACUCCCUGCUUGGAUCUACGAAGAACUUCGAUCCAUUUACGAGGUUGCGCAUCGUUACGCCGACGAAGAACCACCGGAGGAUUUUGUUGUAGACUUGGCGGAAGAGAUGUCACCUUGGUUUAACACUCCUCCGGAGCGUUUGCUAGACGCCAGCGGGCUCUUGUUCGACUAUGACCCCGGAACUGUCCAAAAUCUCUUGGACAACUUCUUUUCGCCCUCGAAUGCGAGAAUCGAUCUUUCCUCCUCGCAGUUCGGUCGAUCGAGCAAGUACGAAGAAACCAACGGAUCAGGGUCUGCGUCUGUUCCUCCCAGUGUCGUCGAUUACUACAACAACUUCGAUCUGGAACAGAACGCUCUUCCCCCCUCCGACGAACUCUUCGAUCCCGCCGGGGCCGGUCCCCCCCACAUCGAGCCGAUUUUCGGCACCCCGUUUUGGUGCCAGCGGCUGAGCGCAUCUCUCCUGGAAGAGUGGACGCACCGCGCCGAGCCCGGGCUGCCGCCAUCGAGCUCCCCGCUGGCCCUCCCUCAACGGAACGGGUUCGUUCCGACCGAUUUUUCGCUGAAACCACUGCCACCGGCGGACUGCGACCAUCCCCUCCUGAACUGUUCCAUCAAGCUGCAAAUCCCCGUCGGGAAGCGGAAAGAAUGGUUCCCGGCAACCGUGACGCAAUACAACGGCACGAAGAACCAGAUCCUUUGCGCCUACGAAGACGAGGACGAAAAAUGGCACCGGUUGGACGUGCCGAGCUCCGAGCUGAAGCACGGGCGGUUGACCUCUCCGGAUUUCGAGGGGUCGCUCGACGGCAAGAAGAUAAAGUACAGGAUCGUGUCCAUGGCGCUAGAGGGGGAGAGAGCCAGCCUCAAGUUCGGGGACGAGAGCGACUGGGACGUCGAAGACGGCAAGGCGUUCCCCGCCAUACCGCCCAAGGCCCCGCCCGACCGGCUCCCCAAGCUCGUUGCCAACACGAACGAGCUGAAACUCUGGCACGUCCAGGACCGGGUCUUCAAGCGGCCCAUCGCGGAGCUCCGGCUGCAGCUGAACUGCGCGGAGGCCAACAAGACGGCCCUGCACGCCGCGUGUGCCGACCUCCUGGUCAACCUCGUGUGCGACCACCUCACCGAGGUGACCUACAUGGCCAGCGUCUGCGAGAUUGGCUCGUCCCUCUGCACCAACGACGGUGGCCUGGCGAUGCGGGUCCACGGCUUUAGCGACAAGCUGAUGGACCUCUUUGUCGUCCUGCUGGAGACCCUCCUUGGGUUCCGGAACAACGACACGGGGGCCCUCCCGGAGGGUUUUUGCGAGCGCCGGUUCGGCCUGGUCCUCGAGAACUACCGGCGGUCCUGCCACAACAGCGGCAUGAAGGCCAAGGCCAUUGCCAGCGGCGUCCGGAUCCGGAGCAUCUGCCGGAACGGCAGCUACUCGGCGCGGCAAAAGCUGGAGGCGAUAAGGACCCUGGGCGUCCCGGCCUUUGCGGAAGCGGCCUCGGGCCUCCUGGCCAGGAUCGGCGCGGAGGGCCUGCACACCGGCAACGCCUCUUCCAGGGACGCGGUCGGGGCCGGGGAGGCCGUCCUCCGCCUCCUGAAGGCGAGCUCCCCCGGAAGCGGCGGGGGCCUGCCCCGCAAGAAGUACCCGGGCAGGCUCGUGUACAAGCUCCCGGCCGGGACCACCGAGCGGACCUGCGUCUCGAAGAACCCCGGGGAGUCCAACGCGGCGGUAGAGUUCUACCUCCAGGUCGGGAGGGACGACACCCGGGUGCGGGUGCUGGUGGACCUCUUGGUCGAGCUCAUGAACGAGCCCAUGUACCACCAGAUCCGCACGAGGGACCAGUUCGGCUACAGCGUGGCGUGCGCCUCGCGGUGGACGAACGGUGUGAUCGGCCUCCACCUGUCGGUGGUGAGCGCUUCCCGGCCCGUGGGUGAGAUCAGGGACCGGAUCGAUCGGUUCCUCCGUGACUUUCGGUUUUCCCUGGCGGAGAUGGCCCCCGAGGUCUUUACGGGCCACAUGGUGGGCCUGGCCAAGGAGAAGCUCCACAUGGCCAAUUCCCUGGCCGAGGAGACCACGGACCUGUGGGAGGAGAUCCGCGACGGCCGGUACCUGUGGGAAGCCCAUCGCGAGGAGGUCGCCUGCCUCAAGACGGUCACGAGGGAGGAGGUGCUGGAGGCCUACGACCGGUACGUCUCCCCCGACCAAGGCACGGCGCGGAGGCUGAUCGUCUCGGUGGCGGCGAGCGACGGGCCCGCCUCGGCCGGGAGGCCGGGGGUGGAAUUCGAGGCCGCGGGGGCCCACAACGACGGCUGCGUCGAGUCCUUCCACGCGCUGUGCAAGAACCAGACCUACGGCAAAAUAUACUGAAGGGACUUUGGGUUUGGAAAAGGCCCUGUACUAGUACUAGUUCGAGUGUUAGACAAAAAA